AUGCUCGAAUUCCACAUGUCUCCCGCCCUCUCCUCGCGAACGCCAGAGCGCGCCCGCUACGUGCCCCUGCGCGCGGUGACGGAGGCGGCCCUCAACCCCCUCAACCACACGGACCUCGGCGGCAUCACCAUCCCCGUCGCCGUCACCAACUACCCUCCCUUCCUGUGGGUCCUGCACGGGGAGAGGAACACGGACAAGGACAUCGCCGGCAGCGUCCUCGGCAAGGGCACGUCCUGGGAGCUCAUGAGGACGCUGGCCGCCUUCUUCAACUUCCGCCCCGAGCCGAGGGUGGCGCUGGGGGACGUGGUGGGGCGGAGGGACGCCGAAGGACGCUGGAUGGGCGCCCUCGAGCUGCUGAAGGAGGAGGAGGCCGAGUUCACCGUGCUGCCCGUGACAGUCUCGAGCCCCCGGGAGGAGAUCGUCGACUUCUCGAUCCUUCUGGGAACCACCACCUUCGGGAUCCUCGUCCGCCGCCCCGCCUACGUGCCCAAGCCGGACGCUCUGCUCAGGCCCUUCAACGUGGACGUGUGGCUCUGGAUCCUGGCGAUGAUGGGGAUAAUGGGGCCCCUUAUCUACCUGAUCAUCCUGCUGCGAGUGCGCCUGUGCAGGGGGGACCCCACGCUCACCAGGACCUUCCCCUUGGACCAGUGCAUCUGGUUCGUGUUCGGGGCCAUGAUGAAGCAGGGCAGCGUGCUCAGUCCGAUCUCAGAUUCCUCCCGCAUCCUGUUCGCAACGUGGUGGCUCUUCAUCACCAUCGUGACGUCCUUCUACACGGCCAACCUGACGGCCUACCUCACCUUCAACAGCCUCGUCCUGCCCAUCGAGAAGGCGGAGGACCUGGCCAGGGACCCGGACAUCAAAUGGGCGGCCUUCAGGGACGGCGCCCUCGCCGAUAUCAUCAUGGUGGGUGCGGGGUAUGGGGGGGCAUGGAGCAUGAGGUAUCGCCAUGUGGAUAAUGGGGCAAAGGGCAUGGAGUAUCAUCAUGGGGGCAUAGGGCAUGGGCGUAUCAUGGGGGUAUGA